CAGAUCAGAUCAGAUCAGAUCAGAUCCGAUUACAGCUCGAUUACUAGGAGUGAAGACGGAGGAGCGGUCAUGGCAAACAACACACAGGACGUAGAUAUGGCCGAUGCGAGCGAUAAAACAGGAACUGAACAAGAUCAACUUCUUACCCAGGACCCAGGAGAAAAUAUGGACGUAGAGAUGAAGGAUGAUCAGUCUGAAACAUCUACAAAUCCAGAGAUGCCCAAUCAAGCCAAUUUCAGUGGGAGUUCAGCAGUGAGUUCCAGCACCCAGACACCAGCACCUGGAGACCCUGUUCCUCCUGUUGUAACUUCACAACCGGCCGGUUUUCCAGGUGCUUCAACCAGAGCUGGACCCUUUGGACCCGACCCAACUCUGAACUCUGGGACUUCUGGUACAGGAACUGGAGCACCACAGUUAAACCCAGGAGGUUCACACAAUCCUACACUGCAGUUUCAGCACUUGCACGGUUCAUCUUCUACAACCCCAAACUUCCCUGCUACAGGUUCUCCAUCACUGACCAACACCAGCGCAUUCAAUAAUACAACUAACCCGCAGCUAUCAGCUGAUGGUGCAGCUAAUAUUUACAGAUCAGAUUCUGGUCACGGAGAGGAGCUGUACAGAUCAUCUCCUGCAACCCUGAACUUCCCUGCUGCAGAUUCUUCAGCACCGGGCAACACCAGCGCAUUCAAUAAUACAAAUCAACUCUCAGUAAGUGCAGCAGACAAAUCCUCUGUACCUGAUCCUGGUCCUGUACAGCAGAAUCAACAGGAUACAGCAGGUGAUAAAUCACACGAAGCUUCUGCACCUCGUGAUGUGGGACUGGUUUAUAUCCAAGUGGACUCGACUAAAUAUUUACCUUUAACAUUGAAAACUUUCAGUCGAAAAACGAAACUGGAAAAAGCUCUUCAGACGUGGGCCAACACAACAUGGUUAGGUCUGAAGAAAGAGAAAUGCUGCAUCAAAAGUGUUAAACUGAUGGAUGAUGAGACCACAGCAGAGGUGAAGAUAACACCAUCAUCAGCCGUGCAGGAAAUAUUAAAGCUACAAACUACAGAUUUAACAUUCAAGGAUCUCGACCAGAAAGUAAACGUUCAGUUCUCACAGGAUAAACCAAAAUCUGCAGAGACGCGAAGAACCGAAACCCCGAAGCAAAGUUCCGUCCCGACUGAUGUGAAACUGAACGCGACCGCUCAUCAGAUGGAGGUGGCGAAUCCUGGUAACGCUGCUAACGCUCCGAAUCCUGUGAACGCUGCUAACGCUCCGAAUCCUGUGAACGCUGCUAACGCUCCGACACCAGACUUCACGCUUCCACUCUUCCAGUUCUGGUACCUGAAUCAAGCUUACAGACUGGAGCUGGACCGGAUUCAGAAGGAGUUCGGUGUUAAUAUAAAUGCUGAGGUCUCGGUGUCCAUCACCGCUAAUCACAACAACAUGAAGGAAAGUUCUGUAGAAAAAGCCAAGGAGAAGUUUAUUGACCUUUCCAGGGAGGCGACAAACAACAUCAGAUCCGUUCCCAUCCCUCGUACUCAGCAGGGGCGUAACCUAAACGAGCUGCUGCAUGACAUUCCGGAUGAAGAUCAGAAGAUGUGUGUAAUAUGUACGUCAGCUAAUAAUUCCCUGCUAAUGGCACCAGAACCGACUGCAGGGAUGGUCGAGAAGCUUUUUGGAUUAGAAGCAGCUUCAGCGUCCGGCGGUAGCUCUGCUUAUAUGUCAAUGACCAGGAAUUCAAUACACACCCAGAAACCUGUACAAUUCGACAUCCAGGAAGCUCCAGCUCCACUUCAGAUGGACGAGACACACUGGACUCUGAUUCAGAAGGUCUACAGAGGACAGAUCUCAGAGAUUGAAAACAGAUAUGACGUGAAGUUUGAUCAGGAACCUCGCCAGGGUUCCGUUAAGGUGACAGCACGAUCCAAUGGGAUCUACGAAUGUCGUCUCGAUACUCACGCCAUCAGAGCCCUGACGCGUCUUUACCAAAAAGUGGCCACAUCAACCGUCACCUGUUCCCUCAAAGAUCUGUCCGACGUGUCGAGGGCAUCCCAAGCGAUGGAGACCAUUACCACCAAAUACCCUGUGGUCGCAGGAGAACGGUCCGGUACCUGGAGACUCGCUGGACUGCCGCAGCACGUAGUUCAUGCCGUACAUGAUGUAGAGAAGCUGCUCGGACGGCCCGUGAUCGACGACAAGACAAAGCGAGAGCUGGGAUCUCCGGAGGACUAUCCUCUCACCGGGCAAGGAGGUGCAGAAGCUUCUGGUGUCACCCACGAACUGGUUAAAGGAGCGAACGGAGACGCACAUCAGAAAGAAAACAAGAAGGAGGAAGAGGACAACUGUUCCAUCUGCUUGGACUCGUUCACUGACAAGACGAAGCUGAAAUGUGGUCACGGCUUCUGCAAGGAGUGUCUGGAGAAUUCAGUGAAGAGCAUCGGGAAAACCUGCCCACUGUGUAAGAAAGUCUUUGGAACCCUGAUAGGAAACCAGCCUCAUGGAACAAUGAACGUCAAGCACUGUAAAUACAACAGCCUUCCUGGUUACUCUAACUGCGGCGUGAUUGAGAUUAAUUACAACAUCCCAGGUGGAACCCAGACGCAAGAACAUCCAAACCCUGGGAGACCUUAUCAUGGAACCAGUCGCACAGCGUACUUACCUGAUAACCCAGAAGGGAAUCACGUCCUCGAUCUGCUGAGGAGAGCGUUCGAUCAAAGACUCAUCUUCACCGUCGGAACCUCCAGAACUUCUGGAAUGAACGAUGUAGUUAUCUGGAAUGACGUUCAUCACAAGACGAACACGCAUGGCGGCUCUCAGAAUUUCGGCUACCCGGACCCGGAGUACCUGAAGAGAGUGAAGGAGGAGCUGAAGGCCAAAGGAAUCGAGUGAGGAGAGAAAAGACGGAAUCAGAAUGUGAUUAAACUUCACGUUACUGAAGAUUCUCCUGAAAUCUGCAUAAUAAUGUUUUAUCUUAAAUCUUUAAACUUUUUGAUUGAUUUAAUUCUGUUGAGAGUAAAAUACAGAAUGAUGUUAUUUAGGUGACGUGUGAUUACAGAUUGUAACUGCUUUCGUUAGUUUAUAUCUGGAAUGAUAAGGAAUUAAAAAUAAAAUAUAGUACAUUAAAAGCUC